AUGGGUAUAGGGCGCUUACACCCAAUCCCAGACGUUGAAGCAGCUCCUCCCAACGCCCAUCCAGGCUCGGACAAGCAGUCAGGAGAAACUCGGGGUCCAGCAUCCCUUCCCAGGACCUGCCCGGUCUCUGACGUCAGGCCCUCUCAGCUCCGCAGGCCCCGCCCUUCUUCGAAGUCUCUUCACAGCGGGGGGGCUGACGUCAGACCUCCCCUGCCAAACUCUCCCCUAACCCCCGGGAAUCCCCUUCCACACCCAUCCAUCCCUAAGGAACCGCCUCAUCUAAAACCUUCCCGAUCCAUCUCUGUCUCCAAGCCGCAAGAGGAACCCAUCUUUCUCUUGCGACUUUACCUGCCCUCGAAUCCAGUCUCCGACUCCAUUUCCCAGAAGUCUUUGCGGGUCUCCUUUCCAAAUACCUGCAAUAAUGUCAUUUCACUUACACUAAUUUUGUUUAAAACCAUCUGUUUCCGAGAUCGCCUGAUUCACACGCAGUGUCACUCUCCGAGUAGAGGAAACGAUAAUAACUACUGCUGCCGCACUCUCACCUCAGCCCCAAAGAUAGACGGACAGAGCGCCUGCGCAGUCGGAGUUCCUCCCAACCCCCUACCGCCGGAAUUCUUCCUCGUGAAUUCCAUUUCCCACAAUUCCACUUCCACCCUUCUGAGCAGGGCGCAGGCGCGACCAAUCUCCUACGCUUUCGGGAAAUGUAGGCUGGUAGCGUCUCUAGCGCAUGCGUACUUGCUCUUGGGCCUGACUGAUGGACCAGUGCUUUGUCCCGCUAGCUGGGAGUGUAGGCACGGCGGCCUCCAGUUCUCUAGGGCACAGCCUGAGACUUCUGAGAGAGGACUUCCUGUGGUUCAGACUCACAUUAGAAACUCAGAAAAGCUUCCAGUUCAAGACCCACUGCCACGGAGGCCCCACAUCCUGGGUCCACAGGUCAGACCACAUUCCUCAGAAAUUAGAAUUGAAAUGGAGAAGAGAAGAGAAUGGAAUUGGAAGAGAAAGCCUCCGGGAAGCCAGGAGAAAGCCCACUGUUCCCCAGGACCUCUUUUUAGAACUAUAGCAGCACAAGGAGGAGAAAACCCAGGAACCACUGGUGCUGGAGAAGUUCCUGUCCAAGGGAAUCAGGACUUCAGCAAUGUCAGGAGAUCAGAUGAAUGUCAGAGAGGAAUCACUGUGGAAGAUAAGAUUCAUAUUCUUCAGGAAAGAGCUCCAUGGUCUCUGAAGUCCUCAGUUCCCGCAAAUUGCGACACAGAAGAAGAGGCAAUGGUUGCUAAGUCUGUCACUUCCUGGGAAGCAGUGACAUUCAAGGAGGUGACUGUGAACUUCACCCAAGAGGAAUGGGAACACCUGGACUCUCUUCAGAGGGACCUCUACAAGGAUGUGAUGUUGGAGAACUAUAGGAACCUGGUCUCCCUCGGACUUGUGGAUUCCAAACCAGUCAUGAUCUCUUGGUUGGAGCAGGGGGAAGAACUGCAGAUGCCUUAUCCUCAAGAAACUGAAAAAGGACUGAUCUUAGAAGACUGGGAGACCAAGUGCCAGACCCAAAAAUCACCUCAAAAUCAUGAAGAAGUAGGUCAACCAAAGAGAUUGGUGGAGACACUCAACAGAGAAGUUUUCAAUCAGGAUUAUAUGCUUGGAAAAGCUCUUAAACAGGGGAGCAGAUCUUUGAACCAAAAGGAGAAUAUUGGAGAGACUCAAAGAAAACAUUAUUCCCAGGAAAAUUAUUUCCUACAACUGACUAACAAAAAAAAUUUCACUGCACAGAAAGGCCAUAAAUGCAAUGAAUUUGAUAAAACCUUCAAUCAGGACAUCUGCAAACAGACAAAAUAUUGGAAUCAUAAUGAAUGCGAGAAUUUCUUCAGUUAUCAUACAACCCUUACACACCUCAGACACUAAAUGGAAAAGAGAAAUCCUGCCAAUGUGAGAAAUGUGGGAAAGUCUUCAGUAUUAAUGUUGCACUUGGUGAACAUUAUCAAAUAAAUGCU